AUGGCAGAGAUGGAGCCGCUAACAUCAGGAGCAAGCAAUCGAAUAAUCCCAAUCUUGAAAACCCUAAGAACUUCUCUUCUUUUCAUUCACUCACUUCUCUAUUCCCUCCUUCUCCUCCUCCUCCCUCGCCGUUACCGCCGCCGUCCCGUGGCGGAUUCUGCAGCCCAGCAAUCGCCUAGAAAGCCGGGGAAAAGGCGGAGAUUAGAGGAGGAAGAUACUUUGAAAAGGAGAGCUCUUGCUGAGGGUAUUGAUAUGACAACCGGUGGCGAAGAUUGCCGGUGGAAUACGUUCUUGUUCUUUGGUGUUAGACGAAAUGCUCUCUUUGUUAGGUCUUGGUUUCCGGUAACCUGUCAAAUGAAGGGCAUUUUGGUCAUUAUUCAUGGACUCAAUGAGCACAGUGGAAGAUAUGCUCAAUUUGCAAAGCAACUAACAUCAUGCAACUUUGGAGUCUAUGCAAUGGACUGGACAGGUCAUGGUGGGAGUGAUGGGUUGCAUGGAUACGUUCCUUCACUAGAUCAUGUUGUUGCAGACACUGGGGCUUUCUUGGAAAAGAUCAAGUCAGACUACCCUGGAGUACCAUGCUUCCUUUUUGGUCACUCAACUGGAGGAGCUGUGGUUUUAAAGGCAGCCUCAUAUCCUAGCAUUGAAGAGAUGCUGGAGGGAAUCAUACUGACCUCACCUGCUUUGCGUGUCAAGCCAGCACAUCCUAUUGUUGGGGCUGUAGCUCCUAUUUUUUCUCUGGUUGUCCCCAAGCUCCAAUUUAAAGGAGCAAACAAAAGGGGCAUUCCAGUUUCUAGGGAUCCUGCAGCACUUCUGGCCAAGUAUUCUGAUCCAUUGGUCUAUACAGGACCGAUAAGGGUCCGUACAGGGCAUGAGAUAUUGCGAAUAUCCUCUUAUUUGAAGCGCAACUUCAAGUCUGUGACCGUACCAUUCUUUGUUCUCCAUGGAACUGCUGACAAGGUGACCGAUCCUCUAGCAUCUCAGGAUUUGUACAAUGAAGCAGCCUCCAAGUUGAAAGAGAUAAAGCUUUAUGAUGGUUUCUUGCAUGACCUUCUCUUUGAGCCUGAACGGGAAGAAGUUGGUCAGGAUAUCAUCAGCUGGAUGGAGAAGAGAUUAGGUGCUGAAUCCGAACAAAUUUGCAGUCAGUGGUAG